GCAGAAUAGGAAGAAACAGUUGAUCAGGACUGAUCAGAGGACUAAUCGCUAUGUUUUUUCUCCAGCUGAUGUUGGGGUCUCUACUCCUCCCCCCAAUGAUGAGUUCAGGCUUCAGGCACUCGUUGUCGAUGUGGCUCACCCACAUCUCAGGACCAACCCAGUUCCCAGAGUUCUCUGCGGUUCUGAUGCUGGAUGACAUCCAGGUGGGGUACUACGACACAAACAUAGACCAAAUCCUAAAGGUUGGUGGUGGAGGUGAGAAAGGGGCGGAGCUUGACCUGGGACAGCUGACGUUGGAUGUGCUGCAGGAGAUUGUAAUGGAGAUGAGGAUGAGGUUGGACAUGGUCAGAAAACAGCUGAACCUGACCUCUCCAGGCGUCUACGUUCAACAGAGGAUGGGGGCUUGUGGGGUCCAGGAAGACGGUCAGCCUUAUUUCAUCAUGGUCAGGGACGGUGCAAAUGGUCAUGAUGCCGACAGCAUCCAUUUUAACACAACCCACUUCCUGUACAGCGGUGGUGACGGUUGGGAUUUCCAGUUUGACACCAAGAGGGAGGUGUACGAGCAGAUGCGUUUCAAAACCUUCCUGACCUUAUGUGGCUUGACUCUGCGUAACCUGCUGAAGAGCGAGAAGCACCUGGUGAUGCGUCGUGUUCGACCUCGUCUACGCCUCCUAUCACAGCCGGGGGGGGGCGGGGCCCAGAUCACCUGUCUGGCCACAGACUUCUACCCUCGCCACAUCAACCUGACGCUGCUGCGGGACGGUGAACCCGUGGACGAGGAGGAAAUGACCGUUGGCUCGGUGCUGCCCAACGGCAACGGUCUCUACCAGCUGAGGAAGACGCUGGUGGUGGAUGAAGAGGAGCUGCAGAGGAAGCACAAGUACACCUGUGCAGCGUCUCACCUGAGUCUGGAUAACCGGCUGGAUGUGAGCUGGAGGGCGGAGUCUUUCCACUCAUUCAGAGUCUACGCCAUCUCUGCUCCCGUCGUCCUGGUGGUUGUCGUCGUCCUCCUGGGUGUGAUUAUGUGUGUGUGA